AUGGUCGGCCCUCUGCGUCGUGGGCGCCUCUGGCUUGGUGUCGCGUGCGUCUGGAUCCUGUGCUUUUGGUACCUGUCAAACUCGGGCUCCUUUACUCUAUUUGGCGAUGAAGAUCCUCUCGAGGGCAAAGGUCCCAAUGCCUGGACGCGACGGCCUGCAAAGUAUCCCAUCGCGACCGAGAAGCUGGCCACAUUACCCAAGGGCGACGCCAAUGUCAAGAUCCCCCAGAUCCAAGCUGUCCCGCCCACCGAGAACGCCGUCGCCAAGGAGCUUCGACUGACCCGUCUGGCUGCUGUCAAGAAGAGCUUUGAGCACAGCUGGAGUGGCUACUCAAACUACGCGUGGAUGCACGAUGAAGUGACCCCUCUGACCGGCAAGUCAAAGGAUCCUUUUGGUGGAUGGGCUGCCACCCUGGUCGACUCUCUCGACACGCUAUGGAUCAUGGACAUGAAGGAUGAGUUCACAAAGGCUGUCGCCGCAGCAGACGGAAUUGACUUUACAAAGAGCUCGGUGAAUAGCAUCAACAUCUUUGAGACUACUAUUCGUUACCUGGGAGGUUUUCUCUCAGCUUAUGAACUCAGUGGCAGGACUCAUGCCACUCUCUUGAAGAAGGCCAUCGAGGUUGGCAACCUGAUUAUGUGCGCCUUUGAUACUCCCAACCACAUGCCCGUCACUCGAUGGGAGUGGAAGAAGGCUGCAUAUGGACAGCAGCAGUCAGCCUCACGGGAAGCUCUCGUUUCGGAGCUUGGCUCUCUGAGCCUGGAACUCACCAAACUAUCUCAGCUCACCAACGACAUGAGAUAUUACGAUGCGGUGAAGCGAAUUGGUGAUCAGUUUGAGUCUACGCAGCUCAACACUCGUCUUCCCGGCAUGUGGCCCGUCGUCAUUGACGCUUACACGCCUGCCUUCCAUGCGGGCACCGACUUCACCCUGGGAGGCAUGUCAGACUCACUGUACGAGUAUCUGCCCAAGCAGUAUCUCCUCCUCAACGGCCAAGUUGACCAGCCGCGGCGACUAUAUGAGAGCUUCAUUCCCGUCGCCAUUAAGCAUCUGUUCAGGAGGGCACUGACGCCUUGGGAGAAGCCUAUCAUCAUCUCGGGUGACUACCAGGUUACAGAUCUGCCUGGCGAACAGCCCAAGUAUAGCUCAGUCCCCCGAGGCCAGCACCUGACCUGUUUUGCUGGAGGCAUGGUGGCAAUGGCUAGUCGUAUCUUUAACCGCCCAGCGGAUCUCGAGAUUGCCACGCAGCUCACAGAAGGCUGCGUCUGGUCUUACCAUGCUACGCAGACUGGACUUGGCCCUGAAAUCUUCCACUUUAUCCCAUGCGGAAAUGCCGAUACACCAGCGACCAACGACUGUGUCUGGAGUGAGGAGAGAUGGCUCAAGGCCGUUGAGGAGCAACAUGCCUCUGAAUUCAACCCCCCACCGAUGAGAGCAUCGGAGUGGAAGAAGCCUACCGUCGAGGAUAUCGUCAAGAAGCACAACAUCCCCAAGGGAAUGACGGGGGUGACUGACGGGCGAUACAUCCUCAGACCGGAGGCGAUCGAGUCCAUCUUCAUCAUGUACCGAAUUACCGGUGACUCGAGCUGGAUGGACAAGGCGUGGACCAUGUUCGAGACAAUUGAGAAGGUCACGCGAACAGAUAUUGCGGCGUCGGCGGUGGACGAUGUGACCAAGACGGAACCGGUCAAGAUGGACAGCAUGGAGAGUUUCUGGCUGGCCGAGACGCUCAAGUAUUUCUACCUCAUCUUUAGCGAGUUCGACGUAAUCAGCCUGGACAAGUGGGUGCUGAACACGGAAGCGCACCCGCUGAGCCGCCCAGAUGUAAACAUCGACAAGACGGCCCAACCGCUGGGUCGUUCUCCUCAAGAUGAGUUCCCGUACGGCGCCGACGUCCCUGCUCUACGAGCCAUCCCCCCGCGACUUGACCGGACAAGGACUUACUUUGUGUUUCUACCUGGCGCAGUGAAACAGUUCAUUCGAAACGUGCGUGCGGCCAAGACCAUUGCCGACGAGCGAGCUGUCAUCCAGAAGGAGAGCGCUGCAAUCCGCGCCAGCUUCAGAGAGGAGAGCCAUGAUCAUAACAUUCGUCGGAACAAUGUCGCAAAGCUACUCUACCUCUUCACCCUCGGAGAGCGAACCCACUUUGGACAGAUCGAAUGUCUGAAGCUCCUGGCCUCGCCUCGAUUCGCCGAUAAGCGCCUAGGACACCUUGCUACUAGUUUGCUGUUGGAUGAGAACCAGGAGGUUCUGACGCUUGUCACCAACUCACUCAAGAACGACCUCGGACACUCCAAUCAAUAUGUUGUUGGCCUCGCGCUCUGCACGCUGGGAAACAUUGCGUCGAUCGAGAUGUCGAGAGAUCUCUUCCCUGAAAUCGAAAACCUCAUUUCCACCUCCAACCCAUACAUUCGAAGAAAGGCUGCCCUCUGCGCCAUGAGGAUAUGUCGCAAGGUGCCGGAUCUGCAGGAGCACUUCCUCGAGAAGGCGACGCAGCUUCUGGCGGAUAGGAACCACGGUGUCCUGCUCUGCGGACUGACCCUGGUGACCAGCCUUUGCGAGGCAGACGAGGAGGAGGGCGGAGAGGAAGGAAUCGUUGAGAAGUUCAGAUCCUUUGUCCCUGGACUCGUCAGGACUCUCAAGGGCCUCGCGACUUCAGGCUACGCACCCGAGCAUGAUGUUACUGGCAUUACGGAUCCCUUCCUGCAGGUCAAGAUUCUACACCUCCUGAGGGUUCUGGCUGUGGGCGACGCCGAGACCAGCGAGCAGAUCAACGAUAUCUUAGCACAGGUCGCCACCAACACGGAAUCAUCCAAGAACGUCGGCAACUCAAUUCUCUACGAAGCGGUCCGAACCAUCCUCGACAUCGAGGCCGACUCUGGUCUGAGGGUACUGGGUGUCAACAUCCUGGGCAAGUUCCUUACCAACCGCGACAACAACAUCCGAUACGUGGCCCUCAACACCCUGAUCAAGGUGGUCGCCAUCGAGCCCAAUGCCGUGCAGAGGCACCGAAAUACGAUCCUGGAAUGUUUGAGAGACCCUGAUAUCAGCAUUCGACGCCGAGCUUUGGACCUGAGCUUUACCUUGAUCAACGAGACCAAUGUCCGAGUCCUAAUCCGGGAGCUACUGGCCUUCCUUGAGGUUGCCGAUAAUGAGUUUAAGCCGACCAUGACUAGCCAGAUUGGCAUUGCUGCUGACAAGUUUGCGCCCAACAAGCGAUGGCACUUUGACACAAUGCUUCGUGUCUUGUCGCUGGCCGGCAACUACGUCAAGGAGCAGAUCCUCUCGUCGUUUGUCCGCCUGGUCGCCACUACCCCUGAGCUCCAGACUUAUGCGGUGCAAAAACUGUACAUCAACCUCAAGAAGGACAUUACUCAGGAGAGUCUGACACAGGCUGGCGCCUGGUGCAUCGGCGAGUACGCGGAUGUCCUCCUCAAGGGUGGACAGUAUGAGGAGGAGGAGCUUGUCCAGGAGGUCAAGGAGCACGAGGUUGUCGACCUGUUCUCCCUUAUCCUCAACAGCGCCUAUGCCACGCAGGUCUCUACCGAGUACAUUGUGACGGCACUCAUGAAGUUGACGACCCGGUUCUCUGAUGCCGCUCAGAUCGAGAAGAUCCGACGACUUCUGCAAUAUCACCAGACAAGUCUUGAUGUUGAGAUCCAGCAGCGAGUGGUCGAGUACAACAACCUCUUCAGCUUUGACCAGAUCCGACGGGGUGUUCUCGAGAAGAUGCCCAUUCCCCAGAUCAAGGAGGAGUCGCGAGUCCUUGGACCUGCGCCCACAAAGAAGAAGGCUGCCAACCGGAAAUCACGAGUCAUUAAGCCGACGGAACAGGAUCUCCUUGAUAUCAUGGACGCGCCAGCUGCCACGCCGUCCAACGCCCCCUCGACGACCAACACUGAUCUGCUGGCUGACAUUCUUGGCGGCACCACCUCUCCUCCUCCAAGCUCAACCUCACCACCUCCCCAGCAAUCCAAUGUUUCAUCCAUCAUGGAUCUAUUUGGUUCUGCUCCUGGAUCUGCUACUGCGUCUCCCGCCCCCCCUGCAUCAUCAAGCUUUGACCUCAUGUCUGCUGCUUCCUCCUCGACCCCUCAGCCCCAGGCACCGGCAGCGCCUGCUGGCAUCCCCUGCUACGACAACAACGAUCUCAACGUGACGUUCCAGAUCCAGCGCAAUGCCGAAGGCCUCAUCCAGGCCACUGCCAAGUUCCGCAACACAUCGGGCGCGGCUGGCCUGUCCAACGUGUCGCUGCAGGCUGCCGUUCCCAAGUCUCAGAAGCUUCAGCUUCUGAGCAUCUCUUCCUCGGACAUUGGACCUGGAGCUGAAGCCACCCAGAUGAUGAGGGUGUCUGGAAGCAAGGGGCCUCUGCGACUCCGUCUGAGGAUCGGAUAUACACACCCUGCUGCUGGACAGGUCAUGGAGCAGGUUAACUGGACAGAGCCUGCUUAG